UGACACGACGACCGGCCCUGCUUUGGGAAGCUGCUGUGCACCAGUGGCCUGAAGCCAGAAGGAUGGGGAAAGGAUGGGGUGCCCUCCUCAGUGAGGGUGCAGCCCCAGAGCUAGUGACUUGAGCACUGUGGGACCCUGCUGGACGUUCUUUGAGUGGACCAGGCCAUCCGCUGUCCUGCUUGUGGGGCAGGGCCCCUUCAGACUGCAGGACAGAGGGCACAGUCCUCCCACACCCGAGCUGCUGGCUACUGAAGGGAGACAGGUCCUGGAGUGGUGGCCGGGCUUGCUUUUCUUCUUUCCCAUUCAUUCAGUGCAUGUCUUGGGGGAUGCCACUUGCUGCUUUAGGGCAUACAACAGAGAACGAAACAAGAAGCUUAGAUUCUGGCACAAGCAGGCUUCCUGUGCUGGCCAGGGGUUGCUGAGCCUUGCACUGAUCUCAGAAGGCAGAGAGUUAGAAGAGCGAGUGCAGGUAUCUUUAGAAGCACAGGUGCCAGCCCAUGGGUCCCUGCCCAUGGGGACACAGAAAGGCCUGCCGUAGUUGGGCUCUCCUGUGGGGAGGUCUGAUGGAGCCUGGAAGGCUCUGAGGAGGGCAUGCCCCAGGGCUGCUGGUUCCUGGGACCUGCCUCUAGGGCGGGUGCCCCAGCCUCUCCCCCACAGGUGUUGGGGUGCUGGUGUAUGUGGUCUUUGUGGCAUCCCGGGCUUCUGCCCUCACCUGAGUAGGGGAAGAAGCCUCAUGUCUCCGUCAGGCAGGUUACCAGACGCUCGCCGGCGAGGAUGACUCUCUUACUGUUUUCGUUUUCAAAGAAGUUUGGGCUGCUUGGGGGUCAACUUAUCAGCCACACAGUUUGGAAUUCAGAUUGAGCCUUGACGUCCGAGUCUGGGCUGCUUCAGGCUGGAAGGGGCAGAGGCUGGCAGGCUCCGCGGUGACACCGACCCCUCUUCUGCCGGCCGUGGUGCCUUCGGUGGGGGACAUCUCAGGGAAACGUCAGGACCACAGAUACUGGGGAAGCAUGCAGAGAUGCGACAGCUCAAACUGUCUCAGCGUUGUUCCAAUCGCUCUUAGAGACCCAGUGCCCUGACAGGUGCUUCUAAACGUUACUGCCUGUAGGUAGAAUAUAAGUGAAUCAACACUGGGGCACCACGCUUCAAGUCAGGGAAGAGAUGGAUGGUUGUGACGUUUGGGAAACGCUCGUUGUGUGCUCACAUCUUACAACACUGAGCCUUCGGCGGGCCCACACCCUGACCGUGCUCUUCAUCCUCACCUGUGUGCUGGGCUACGUGACUCUGCUGGAGGAGACACCGAGGGACACGGCCUACAACACCAAGAGAGGUAUUGUGGCCAGUAUUUUGGUUUUCUUAUGUUUUGGAGUCACACAAGCUAAAGACGGGCCAUUUUCCAGACCUCAUCCAGCUUACUGGAGAUUUUGGCUCUGCGUUAGUGUGGUCUACGAGCUGUUUCUCAUCUUUAUACUCUUCCAGACCGUCCAGGACGGCCGCCAGUUUCUGAAGUACGUGGACCCCAGGUUGGGGGUCCCGCUGCCAGAGAGGGACUAUGGGGGAAACUGCCUCAUCUACGAUGCGGACAACAAGACCGAUCCCUUCCACAACGUCUGGGACAAGCUGGACGGCUUCGUGCCUGCACACUUCAUCGGCUGGUAUUUAAAGACCCUGAUGAUCCGCGACUGGUGGAUGUGCACGAUCGUGAGCGUGAUGUUCGAGUUCCUAGAGUACAGCCUGGAGCACCAGCUGCCCAACUUCAGCGAGUGCUGGUGGGACCACUGGAUCAUGGACGUGCUCGUCUGCAACGGGCUGGGCAUCUACUGUGGCAUGAAGACACUUGAGUGGUUGUCCUUGAAGACAUAUAAGUGGCAGGGCCUCUGGAACAUUCCAACCUACAAGGGCAAGAUGAAGAGGAUCGUGUUCCAGUUCACGCCCUACAGCUGGGUCCGCUUCGAGUGGAAGCCGGCCUCCAGCCUGCGCCGCUGGCUGGCCGUGUGCGGCAUCAUCCUGGUGUUUCUGUUGGCAGAGCUGAACACCUUCUACCUGAAGUUCGUGCUGUGGUUGCCCCCUGAGCACUACCUGGUCCUCCUGCGACUCGUCUUCUUCGUCAACGUGGGCGGCGUGGCCAUGCGGGAGAUCUACGACUUCAUGGACGACCCGAAGCUGCACAAGAAGCUGGGCCAGCAGGCCUGGCUGGUGGCUGCCAUCACCGUCACGGAGCUGCUGAUCGUGGUGAAGUACGACCCGCACACGCUGACGCUGUCCCUGCCCUUUUACAUCGCCCAGUGCUGGACGCUUGGCUCCGUGCUCGCCCUCACUUGGACCGUCUGGCGCUUCUUCCUGCGGGACAUCACCCUGAGAUACAAGGAGACACGGCGGCAGAAGCAGCAGAGCAAGGACGACCAGGGCAGGGCGGACGGCAGCGUGGAUGGGCGCACACCUGGCCCCGAUGACGCCUUGGGGCCCGAGGAGGCCGACAGAGAAGGGGUGCCGGCCCCACACUGACGCCUGGGCCCUCGGUCCUUGGUGAUUCUCGCCAUGAACCUUCCGACAGCCUCAGCCCUCAAGGUUCCGUUUCCCUUUUCUCCCGUGUGUACGGUGGCACUGGGCUCGUCGUGUGUGUGCGGUGUGUAUGUGUGUGUGCACGCACCUGUAUGAGUGCUUGAGCGUGUGCUCCUGGCUCCAGGGCUCCCCCCCCACCCCGGGCCCGCCGGUCCCUGUGGAGCCAGAGCCCCUGCCCCUCUGUGCAGUCAGUCUGGGAUCUCCACGACCCCGAGCUUCAGGACCCAGGUGGUAUGGCCCAAGCAGUGGCAUCGUGGUACCCGCCUGCUCCCUGGACCCCACGGGUUCCCCACGACCCCCUGGCGGCCUGUGUGAAGCAUAGUCGUCCAGGGACACCCUGAAGAGGCUGAGGGAGGGCACAUUCCAUUCCUCAGGAUCUUCCAUCUGACCCUCUAACCUGGAGGGUGCGUGGAUGGUGCUGGAGGCAGAGAGACCCAAGGCCUGGCCCCCACUGUCACGAGAGUAGGUCAUGAGGGUCUCUGUGGCCCAGAGUUGAGGUCAACUCCACGAGCAAACAGCAAAUAAAAGCCAUGGUGGAGGCCUGCA